AUGCCCUUCCAACCUCCAACUCAGGCCAAGUGUCCCAAAUGCGGUAAGAGUGUGUACGCGGCCGAAGAGAAGUUGGCUGGUGGCUACAAAUGGCACAAAUUCUGCUUCAAAUGCAGUAAGUUUAUUAUAUUGUAGUAGUGCGGUGUGCUGCUUGUUUUGUGUUUUUUAUUGUUACAGUAGGCUAGGGCUCUGGGUUAGGGCUCUGGGCUAGGAUUUUGGGUUAGGGCUCUGGGCUAGAGCUCUGGGCUAGGGCUUUGGACUAUGAUUUGUUAGUUAUUAUAUUAGGUAUCCUAACUAUAAACUUCCAUUUUUUAACAAACUUAUUUUUAUUAUACCAACCAAAACAAAGCUAAUUAUUCUGAGAUAUAUACUCUAACAUUGUCUAUGCUUUCUCUACAACGUUCCUUCAAAAAAAAGAUGAAUGCCAGAACUGUGGAACUACCUCAGCUGUGUCUUAAAGAAAUCUUACCCUAUAACAUGACUUCAGCGCCAUUUUUGAAAUUGAUUCCAGCAAUGCGACCUUUCAGCCUUCUGAAUACAUGAUAAUAAGAAGGAGCAAUGUCGGGACUGUAGGGCGGUAUAGGCAUUAUAGUCCAGCUCAAUUCACCAAGAACUUAUGACGUCAUCUUCGCACUGUGAGUUCGAGCGGCAUCUUGUCAAAGUUUCACAGUGGAAAUAUCAAUACCCAGAAAGUAGAGAGCAUGGUUGAUUCGUUUCAAUUGUUCAUUGUAGACAUCUGCCGUAAUUAUUUAUCCAGGUUUCAGAAACCCGUAGUACACUAUUCCCGUGGUAGACCACCAUACGCAACGGAAGGUUUUGUUUACCAUGAUGGUCAGGUUUCGGAGUAGAUACAGCUUUUGAACCAAUAUCAAUCUAUUGUCUUUUGACCUUCUUUAUAUCGUACAUUAUCCAGCUUUCAUCCGAAGUAAUAAUUAGUUGAAAAAAACCUCGGGUUUUGGACAAGCGAAACAAAAUAUCACAAGUAUUGAUCCUUAGCGCCAUGUUGGAAUCACUGAGUUCGUGGAGCACCCGCCUGCCACUUUUGUUGAGCUUUCCUAGUUUGUGAAGAUGAUUGGCGAUGGUUUGCGAGGUACGGGGAAGAAUAUGCGACAACUCCACUGUUGCUAAAUUAGUAUUUAACUCAAUCAGUUGAUGGCAUCUGCCACUUCAGGACCUCGUUUGUGUUGUUUGUCCACAAGGUCAAGGUUCACAGUAUGAAACUUUGAAAACCACGUCUGCACACGUCUAACACUUAUAACGUCUUCUCCAAAAACUUCUGCAAACGUACGGUGGCAUCCAAUAGCACUUUUACCUUGUUUAAAUACAUAGUCGCAUGCGAUAUCGCACCUCCAAACUGAGCUUAGCCAACUUUUACCCAGAUUUUUCUAAGUAGACAAAGACAAACAGACAAGUAUUAUAUAUCGUUCGAUUUGCAUUGAAACAAGCUACAAAACAAAACAAAUCCUGUCAAAUAAUAUUAAUUUUCACAAAAGUUAUAACUUGUAAAAGUCAGCGGAAGUUUAUAAUUAGGAUACCUAAUACAAGAAUUCUACUGUAUUUAUAACAUUUUUGCUUUUAAAAUUACUGCAUUUUUGUUACUGUAACUUUUUUUUGCUUUUCCGUCUACAGUAUUGUUGCUGUUUCAUACUGUACCGUCUUUUUGUAGCCAUGUGUAACAAGUUGUUGGACUCGACCAACUGUUGUGAGCAUUUGAGUGAGCUUUACUGUAAACAAUGUCACGGACGCAAGUUUGGCCCUAAAGGCAUUGGCUUCGGGAUCGGUGCUGGGGCUUUGUCUAUGGAUACUGGAGCCAAGUUUGGCAAUAAGGAGGUGGAAAUGACGUUAGUUUUUUGA